CGCGAGCCACGACUAAAGUGGCUCGAUAAAAGGUGGGAAAUUAUCAUUUGGAGCGACGAAUCUAAAUUCACGACAAAGAGUUUUGGAGAUGGUGCACGCAAUGUUGAAAGUCCGUUGGUGGAAG